UAUCGAGGGAACUCACGACGCUCGCGUUGGUAAUUUUCGAGCGAAGCCCUCUAUAAAGCGGGAAGACGAGACGGAAUAGAAAUCUUCGUCGUGUCAAAGUUGACGCAAUUAUGGCGCGUAAGGAGGAACGGUGGUGCUACUUUGACGGUGCAAACGGACGUAGAAGGUCGACAUGGAUCUCCCUGCUAUUAGUUGUCCUGUGCGCUCUCCUGGCCGGAUCCUUGGCGAUCGCCGAGCACGACGACUCUUACUACAGUUAUGCCGGGUGGAAUGGCAAGUCGUCGUUCAAUCACUACAUUUCGAAUAUCAGAUUGAUCGAUAAUCAAGAUAUAGAGAGAGUACGUCGAGCGACACCUGAAAAAUCGGUGGUGACGACUGAGAAAGAAGAAUCUAAGGAUCAACCAGCAGCACAACCGCAACCACAGCAACAGCAGCAACCACAGCAGCAACAAGAGCAACCAAAGCAGCAGCAACAACAACAACAACAACAACAACCACAGCAACAGCAACAUCCGCAACAAGCGACGGCAACACAACCGACGUCAAACGCAACCAAUGCAUCCGCCGACGUAACGUAUUCCACAGUUUAUUCGACCAGCGAAGCCACCACCGCCACCACCACUUCCACUGUUCGGCCAUCUGAUCCUAUUUCUAGCUCCAAGCCGGAUUUAAAAAAGAAGGCGUCGCAGACAUCAAAUCCUGCAACCGACACGACGACACUACACAUAUGGACAAAUCGCACUCUGACAAAUCGCAAUAUAACCGGUACCAGUAAGGAGCAGCAGCCGGAAUCGUCGGCGGUUCUAAAGGACACAACAGAAGAUGUUAUGAAAUCCGACGACAGCGAUAUUUCAUUUAACAAAUUCUCCGAUGUGACCAACGCCACACUCACACAGAACAACAUCACUAAAACGAUGUACGACUCGCAUCAGUAUUAUAACAGUACUUUUAUCGUGGAUGCCGAUAUCUGCAAAAAAUAUUGGGUCGACAUGGACAAUCAUCCGGAUCUCAGGGUCAAUCAUCUACUUAGCCAGAGUCAUCGACGCGCCGCGACCGUUAAACUGAAGUUUGAUUUUCCAUUCUACGGCUAUAAUGUGCGCAAUAUCACUAUCGCUACGGGCGGUUUUCUAUACACCGGCGACUACGUCCAUAGUUGGCUGGCCGCCACCCAGUACAUUGCACCGCUCAUGGCAAAUUUCGAUACCCGCCUGUCGAACGCCAGCUACGUCAAGUACGCUGACAAUGGUACGGCGUUUACAGUAGAAUGGGAGAAGGUAGUGCUGCAGGACAGGCCAAAAGCCGGCGCGUUCACUUUCCAAGUGACCUUGCAUCAGAAUGGGGACAUCGUGUUCGUUUACCUAGUGAUACCGGUCCUGGUUGAAAAAAUCGCAGACACGAUGCAUCCCGUCAAAGUGGGCCUCAGUGAUGCCUACAUAAUGGACCGAACUGUGUUCUUCGUACGCCGGAAAACUAUUUACGAGUACCAUCGUGUCAACUUCAACCGGCAGGAUAUAAUGAAUUGCACGGUCAUUUACCUGAAAGCAUUGCCUACAUGCCUCAAUUCCGACAACUGCGCGGAUUGCCUAACAAAGGUGCCAGACUUCGAUUGCAAGUGGUGCUCAGAGCUAAACAAAUGCAGCACCGGUACGUCCCGACAGCGACAGGAGUGGUUGUCGAAGAGUUGCGACGUUCACAACAUCAAAGAGAUAAACAAUUGUCCAGCGCAAAUUACAACCUACCACCCUAAGGGUGAUGAAUAUGAUCAUGAUGGCCAUGUGCAUCCAGAAGAGUCGAUCGCUAAUGAGAUGGGCACGAAACAAGAACGGUCUGGCAAUACUAUGGAAAGUCCUAAUUCGAAUAAGGUAAAUAUGAGCGUUUCAGGGAUAAUCGGCAUUCUCACAGUUGUCGCUUUAGUGGUAGGUCUCGUGGGUUGGGGUGUAUACGCUUAUCGUAAUCCUCACAGCGCAUCGGGACAAAUGCUAAUAAGGUAUCGUCCGAGUCAAUGGAGCUGGCGAAGAGGCGAGGCCCGUUACACAGCCGCGACUAUUCACAUGUGAUGAAGUGUCGACAGAGAUCCAGUCACAGUCAAUGCGAAACUGUCGAGUAAAUUUCCUAUUAAUUGUAG